GUACGUACGGAACAGCGUCAGCAUGAGCGCCAACAAAAUCUUCCUGCGCUACUACCCGCCAGGUCUGGCCAUUAGUUACCGCACGGCGAAGGGCAGUGACCGAGUGCGUCACUUUGAUCUGCUUGACCUAGAUGCCAAAACAAACAUUGAGCCGCUGGCUGACAAGAUCCUCCUCCAGACACUAGCCGAGGCGGAGGAAGAGCCGUCGGAGGAAGACCACGACCAGGCGUCACCCUGCCUUCCCGCGAGUGGCAGCGUGACCAGUUCCCAAAACACAUUCAGCGCCCUGAAGCUGGCGCUGGACAAGCUACAGCAGAAGCUGCGGGAGCCCAUCAAGAAGAAAUUCUACCAGCACAAGUGCCACACCUCGCACAUCCUGCCGCUGACCAACGUGUGCUUUGACCGAAGUGGGGAACGGUGCCUCACGGGCAGCUACGAUCGCACCUGCCACGUGAUCGAUACCCAGACGGCCGAAGUGGAGCACAUCCUGACCGGACACGAUAAUGUGGUCUUCUCCGUUGGCUUCAACGCGCCGCGAUGGUAGGUAUUGGUCCCGCGAUGACUCUCUGGCCUCCAUUGUGCACUUUCAAUAUAUUGCAGCGACAAGAUCGUGACCGGCUCUUUUGAUUGCACCGCGAAGGUCUGGUCUGCCAGCAGCGGGCAGUGCCUCUGCACCUUGUUUGGCCACACAGCCGAGCUGGUGGCAACCGAGUUCCAUCCACUGCAUGGCGAGGCCAUUGCCACAGCCUCCAUGGACGGCACGGCACGCAUAUAUGAUGUGGAAACGGCCCACGAGCUGCACCAGCUUGCCCACCACGGGGCCGAGGUUAUUGCCGCCCGCUACAAUCGCGAUGGGCAGAUGUUGCUGACGGGCUCCUUUGACCACACUGCAGGCAUCUGGGAUACACGCACCAAGAGCUGCUGCCAUCAAUUGCGGGGCCACAGCGCCGAGCUCUCGAACUGCGUGUGGAACUUCAGUGGACUGCUGAUUGCCACGGGCUCCCUGGACCACACGGCUCGGCUUUGGGACAUUCGCCGACUGGAUCAGGAGCUGCACCUGGUCUCCAAGCACAGCGACGAGGUGCUGGACGUGGCCUUCGAUGCGGCGGGCAGACUUCUAGCCACCUGCAGCAGCGACUGCACGGCGAGGGUCUGGGCCCUGGACGGGUCAGCUGCCUCCGAGCAGUUGGAGAUGCUGUCGCUGAUGGCGGGGCACAGUGAUGAGGUGUCCAAGGUGUGCUUCAGCCCCAGCGGAUGCAUGCUCCUCACCGCCUCAGCGGACAACACGGCCCGUCUGUGGCUGACCGAGUCGGGCCACUGCUCCCAGGUGCUGGCCGGACACGAGGCCGAGGUCUUCAGCUGUGCCUACAGCUAUGCGGGCGACGCGAUCCUGACGGCGUCCAAGGACAAUACAUGCCGCUUCUGGAGGUGAUACGACUGGUACACGGUGCAGCUAAACGAAGAGUAGUUCCCAUUAGCUCCCCAAAUGGGAAUACCAAUAAGUCCGGACAGAUCGCAGUGGGUUUUUCUUGUAUCAACAUUUACUACAAACUCGAGCGUAAUUUUGCUUUUCUCUCUCAAGGUUCCAUCAUCAACUUGCUUAUAAAUUAAUAGUUCUUAGCUUUCAUUCUCGUUUCUUUCAGAUCGGACAUUAUUGUGGGGUUUCUUUCUUUUGUUUUUUUUGUUUUUGUAAAUUUUCUUAAUCGUUUUC